CACUGUCAGUCUGAAAACAACAAAUCAUCUUAACCCCACAAUUCCGUGUUUCGUCGGUCAUCUACAUCGUUUGUUAAGUUUCGCGAGUAUUGUUGACUGCACGACCUUUGGGAAUAGUUUUCUCCCUUUGCCAGUAAAACCGUUCCCGGCAAGAAAAUGUCUCGUGGAAGCAGCGCGGGCUUCGAUCGCCAUAUUACAAUCUUUUCGCCGGAAGGCCGUCUCUACCAAGUUGAGUAUGCCUUCAAGGCUAUUAAUCAGGAGGGACUUACAUCCAUCGCGCUCAAGGGAAAGGAUUGUGCCGUGGUAGCGACGCAGAAGAAAAUCCCCGACAAGCUGAUCGACCCGGCUACCGUGACCCACCUGUACCGUAUUACCCGUGAGAUCGGAUGUGUGAUGACGGGACGCAUCGCCGACAGCCGUUCGCAGGUGCAACGGGCACGAUACGAAGCGGCCAACUGGCGGUACAAGUACGGAUACGAAAUUCCGGUCGAUGUGCUGUGCCGCCGUAUGGCGGACAUUUCGCAAGUCUACACGCAAAAUGCCGAGAUGCGUCCGCUGGGCUGCAGCAUCGUGAUGAUAGCAUUCGAUGCUGAAAACGGUCCUGCUGUUUACAAAACGGACCCGGCCGGGUACUACUGCGGCUAUCACGCGAUCUCGGUCGGCGUGAAGCAGACGGAAGCCAACAGCUAUCUGGAGAAGAAACUCAAGCGCAAGGCUGAGCUGAGUGAGGAGGAGACGAUCCAGCUAGCCAUCACCUGCCUGUCCACCGUGCUGGCGGUCGAUUUCAAGCCGACCGAGAUCGAGAUCGGCAUCGUGAGCAAGGAGAAGCCGGAAUUCCGCACUCUAACCGAGGAUGAAAUCGAAGUGCAUUUGACGGCAAUCGCCGAGAAGGAUUAAGCGCGCCUUUGCGUUGACUUUUUUUUCGUCGCACGGGGAACAUUUUUCUUUUCCGUACACACGGUUGCUGGUUCUUUCUUUUUGUAUUCCCGUUCCAACAAACAUUCAUAAUACACGCGAAUUGUACGAAAUUA